UUUCGUUGUUUUGCCAACCAAACAAGGAGUUUUUGUAAGGAGGUCAAUGAGAGUGUCGAAUUUGAGCAACAAAAAAAUGAAUUGCUUAUUUUCUAUGUGAGGUUUAUUUAAUCGAAUAGAAGUAUCGUAAUGCUUAAGUUGUUACGAGUGUACUGAUAUAAGUAGGACACGUGACAUCCCGGCAACUUUGAGAAAAAACACUUUAUAUCAGCGUUGUCUUGAGAUGGCUAUGGAUAUUAAUUAUAUGAGGCUAGUAGCAUAGCAUCUCUCUCUCUCCAUUGAAUACAAGCGGUUGACGUCAACAACACCAUCGAAUAUUUUAAAAAAGGUGACAAUAAUAAUAAAAAUGAGAUAUCCACCAAUCCAAAGAAAGGAUCGGCAGGAGCUAGACAGCCCACUGGGCCACUUUGUGGACAACGACUCCCAUUGUUAGGACGGAGAGACAUGUAUCUUGUCAGUAUAUCCAUAAUCUUUGCUGUAAUGAACCAACUGUUGGCAAAGCCAUCAAUAGAAGAAGACCAAAAAGUUGCAUGCUGGGAAGAUGGCCGACACCAGUGCGGCUAGUGAAGAAUGAGACGACGGGGAACCGAAUAUAGUUCUUGCGGCAAAUGCCAUCAAUCGUUUUAAAACGAUUUUGGCUGUAGGUGCGUCCAAGCUACCAGGGCAAAGAAUACUUUCUGUCAGUGUGAAUAAAUCAAGCUCAGUCAAUACACCAACCCAUGUUCGCUCCUGCUGGAUAGAGAGGACAGAGCGAGUCGAAUUGAAUCCUAGCCUAUUAACGUUAGCUAGGUCAGACAGUUUGCAAACAACGGUGUCAUUGCGUGGACGUCCAUGACCAAUGAACUACAGUAUUAUUCCAUGAUUAACUAGUUAGCUAAUUAAUUUGUAAGUUAAAUGGUCAACCGAUAUUGUUAACGUUUUAUUGACGGGCCGGCUGUCACUCCUAUGUUUCGCUAACUUCUUGGGAGUGUCACUGUCAGAUGACCAACUGUCAUUGCUCCCAGUUCGAUAAAACAUUUGCUUCCCCGGCACCACCCAUCUGGAUAUUCCUCUUGCGUUGACAUCAAACAUGUGUAGUGUGCAGUGCCUCAGCGGUGUACUAGCCUGUGUACUAUGGUGUGGCUGCCCUCCAGCCUGGGCCUCCUGAGCUACGACAGCAUAAUCCCCUCGCCCCUCUGCCAGCGACACGCCCGCCGCCUUAGCGUCCUCGCUCUCGCCCUCGCCGGCAUGUACACUACCCGCCUGUACAGCGCAGUAGGUGGUGGGGUAGGAGGAGGAAAGCCUGGACGCCGGCCGGGCCUGGGGGGUGGAGGGCUGCCCAUGCUGGAGAACCACCCCCAUCAUCAUCAUCACCACCACCCUCUCCCACCACACCAACAUCCCCACCACGUGCCCCCUCCACCUCCCAGCUACCCGCCCCUCUACCAGGGGCGGCCUGACCCUCACCGGGGGCCUCACUUCCACAGUCACCACUACCACCCGCACCUGGCCCCUCCUCUGCCUCCACCCCUCCCCCCGCACCCCCACUACCAGCCACACGCCCACCUGCACCACCACGCCACUGUUGGCGCAGCCGGCAACAAGAAGAAGACGUGGAACUUCAUCCACGAGAAGAUGAGCUAUGACACCUUCUUCACCAUGAAGAGGCUGAUCGAGCGCUCGCGUAGAGCAGAUGAAGUGCUGCGCUGGGUGACACAGAACCCAGGCAAGAUCUCACACAACCACUACCCCAUCGCCCUGCAGAAGAUCGGCCAGCUACUACAGGCCGGGGCUGGGGCUGGAGGAGGGGGCGGAGGUGGCUCGGAGGCAGCCCUGGUUCCCUCUCCCGGAGCCGGUGGAGGAGAAAGAGUGGAGAAUGAAGGCCGACAGAUCCUGGAGCACCAGGACUUCCAGACGCUGUGCGACGCCAUCGUGAGCGACUGUGCCAAGUUUGACAACUUCAGCAUCGUCAACUGCCUGUAUGCUGUGGCCGCACUAGGCCUUCCCAGCGACUCGCGGGUGGUGCAGGUGCUGGAGGCGACGUCUCAGUCACGACUGGGCCAGUUCAACCAGAAGGACGUCUCCAUGGUGUUCAGCUCCAGCAUGAAGCUGCACCCCAGCAGCCAGCACCCGCUCACCGAGGCCUGCCUGGCGGGCUUGGAGAAGAACCUGGAGCGGGAGCGUCACCCGCAGACCCUCUUCCUGCUACUCUCCUACUAUCGCCUCAAGUGGCGCUUGCUGCAACCCAGCGACACCGCGACGGUUGAGAACGUGGCCAACAUAGCACCCAACCCGGAACAGCUCCUGGCCAACAGGAAGAUCCUCCGACUGGUCAAGCACACUCUGGCUAGCGUAAGUGGCGUGCGCGACCAGGAGAUGGCGCUGCUGGACGAGAUGCUGGCCACAUGCGUACGCGAGGCUAGCAACAAGAGCCUGGAGAUAAUCUUCAGCUCCCACCUCUUCUACCAGAACAGGCAGGAGAGGUUUGUGUGCAGCCUGGCUGAGGAGCUGCCUAAAAAAGUGGACAGCAUAACCCCAUACACCAUGGCCCUCAUUGCCAAAUACAUCGCCCGCCACCGGCUCAGGGAGACUCGACUCCUCGACACCAUCGCUGAUUUCCUGGUCAAGAAGGGAGAAUACCUGGAUAGCAAGGUGAUCCAAAAGCUGGUGUUCCCCUUCAGCCGGAUGAGCUACCGGCCGUCCAACGAGGUCCAGUUCUUCGCCAAGCUGGAGGUGGUGCUGGAGCUCAAGGCCCUGAGCUCCCCGCUGGCCACCGUCAACAUCCUCAUGUCCCUGUUCCAGCUGGGCCACUUCCCUGGCCUGGUGCUGCACAGGGUCUUCUCCACUGCUUUCAUCAGCAACGUCACCAACAGUCCUUACGCUCUGAUCGUACGGCGCUACCUGUCUCUGUUGGACGCGGCGGUUGAGCUGGAGUACCGGGACUACACCGGUCCACGGCUCCAGGACACGCACAAGGUGCUCAUGUUUGACCACGCGCUGACCGCUGACGAGGUCAACCGCAAAUACAGCUAUAAGGGUCUUGUUGCUGAAGCCCUCAGACAAUUGGUUGGAGAGCAUGGCUACAAGCAAGAUGAGGUCCUGGCCCCCGGUUAUUACACAGACUUCCUGCUGUGGAUUGAUGGUUCUGGCCGGGUUCUCCCUAUCCGGGCAGGGGCCUCCAUAGGUGUGGCCCACAAAGCCCCAGAGGGAUCCGUGACCGUGACAGCCCUCGCCUCAGACUUUCAAAAGUUCUCCCCCUUCGCCCCACUAGAGGAAAGGGGGGACAAGCGACCCGUCGGGGGGGACGAGUCGGUGACCCUCCUUCCACACCACAUGCAGCGUGGGGCAAACCCUGCCUCGGCCCAGAGGGCGGGCCCUAACGGCGGGGGCCCGCCUGACUACAACCCUUACUACACGCCGGCCGACUACUACUCCAGCCUGGCCAAGGAUCACUCCCUGGAGAGCCAGGACAGCUCCACGCUCAGCAGCCCUCCCUCUGACAGCCUAGCCCAGCCAGUGGCCUCCGAGGUAGGGGGAUCCACCACGGCUACCCCCGUUUCUCUUUUCCAGUUCUCCAUUGGGAAGAUCCUGGAGGACGAGGGAGGGGUGCAGGUGGGGCCGGGUAGUCAUGUGCCCGACUGCGAGCUCCCUGUCUUCUAUGAGGGGCUGGACGGGGACGUGGGGCCCACCUCGCCACUUCGGCUGCACCCGGCCGAUCGAACCGACACCGAGAGGGUGGCGGGGGACCAGCGGCAGCUUAAGAGAGUGGUCAUGUCGGUGAAUGACAAGUGGCACUACUGUCACAACUCUGAGGUUCUGGUGGGCUCCCGGGCCAUGAGGGACCGUCACCUGCUGCUCCUGGGAUAUGUCAUCCUGCAGCUGCCCUAUCACGAGCUGGAGAAGCUGAAUGGUAUAGAGGAGGUGAAGCAGUACCUCCACAAAAAGCUCCUGGAGGUCCCCUUAUGACAACAAAAGACUUGAGUGUGUGUGUGUGUGUGUGUGUUCAAGGAAUUGCGGCUGCUUGGGUUAGGACAGGGGGUUGUUGGUGGGAUUGGGAGAAGCGGGUGGUUUGGGGUAGAAAACAAACCCUGGUCAAAGUCUAAAAACAGAGUUUUUGUGCAAUUUGCUCUCACAUUCAUCAAAAUGGUGGCAGGCUAUUUGCAACAAGCCACAUACCCAGUUGAUGACAUGUCUAGUAUCAUGUUGCCACGCUUGGUGUCUUGUUAAUGUCACUUCACAACGGUUCUUGACCAUUUUGCCUAUGGACUAUUCCUAGUAUAUCACAGUAGCAUGACAAAACAGUUGUGUUCAUUUUAAAUUUUGACCAGCGUAUUUCUAUAGUUUUAAUCAUGGUUUGGUGUGGAGGUGUGGGGAAUACAAUGUUUUAUUAUUAUAAUUAUUAUAGAGUCAUACAGAGAUGACGAUGUUCUGGUGAUGUCAUACAGAGAUGACGAUGUUCUGGUGAUGUCAUACAGAGAUGACGAUGUUCUGGUGGUGUCAUACAGAGAUGACGAUGUUCUGGUGAUGUCAUACAGAGAUGACGAUGUUCUGGUGGUGUCAUACAGAGAUGACGAUGUUCCUUCUAUUGUUUCUUUAACUCCAGUUGUAACGCAUGUCGGGGACUGGUCAUACAGGACCAGAUAUAACUGGGGGGGGGGUUUAUUUAAACAAACAAAUGGGGGUUCUUCAUAGUGUUUUCUAAUACUGGUGCACUGUAUGUAGGCUAAUGAACUGUAGGAUGUUAACGAGGGAUGAGGAUUUAUUAAUUAAGUUAAUGUGGGAAAAAUAGGUUCUAUUUUUGUGAAUGCUGGAACGGCUUUUCCGGUGUCCAAAACAAAGCAACGCGCGGUGGAUCGUGUCCAACAUCAACUUCGUGUCUUUGUUCUGUCUUCGGCGCUUCACUUUGUGACGUUCAAUGAAUGAGUUUCCACCGUUGCAUUGACAACGAAACAGGUUUUUCCAGUAGGGAAUUGCUAGACACCUGGGGCCUGAAAUAUCAACCGUGCAGACAUUUCCUCACUCAAUUCUGGCGUACGUGGCGAUUUGUAGGAUUUGCAUGCGCAACAAUUUACUGGGAUUUAUCAAACUGUCACACACAUCAUAUACGCAUGAUUUCAUUGAUCAAUUAGAGCCAUACUAUAUUUGUGUGCUUGUGAACGAACGCAAUUUGUAAGUCGCUCUGGAUAAGAGCGUCUGCUAAAUGACGAAAAUGUAAAUGUUACAACCCCGCCUGGAAAACGCCCUCCAUUCACCUUUUACGGUAAAACAAAAACGCCCUCAUUUGCUGUAUGAUUUGGAGAUGUUGGAACUGGGCCGUGAUAGUUCCUAAAAGAAAAGCGCAAUGGCAAGUUUGAUCACAUUUCUGUAGAAGUGUGGGCAGAAUGUGUUAAUCUUUUGCAGUGACUUUUCAAACUUAAAACGCAUGCUGCCUACAGCGAGUGCCAAACUCUGGCCACGCAUUCUGCAAGAUUGAUUGAUUUGUCUAUUUGAACAAUUUAAAAAAGUAAACGCUUCAGCCCACACUUCUAUGCAAAAAGAUGAAUUGUUGUUCAGUAUUUUGUUAUCAAUACAUGAUUGUGUUUCUAUCUCCUGCCUUGGUGGCUCUGAGAUGUACUAGGCUAUGGUGUGGUGCUCCUACCGCACAGCAUUACUGUAGACUACCCAUACUCUCAAAUAUGUUAAGUAGGCUACCGGUCUAUUUACAUUUGAGCAUGCUUUGCUAUUGAGGGAUGGAUAAAUGGUAGCAUAAAUAUUUGUUGUGCAGCGGGAAUAAACCAGUCAUGUGGAGAGAUGUCCCAAUAUAUAAUUAUGAUUUAGGCCUAUAGAAUUAAAAGUAAAAUAAACACAUUAGGCUACAUGCUGCUCUGCGAUCUCCUUUACUAAAUGUAAAUGCAUCUGUGUUAUCGUUAGGCCCACGUUUUAAUAUUUGUAUUAGUCUACCAUUAUUAUAAUUCCUGCGCAUCAAACACCCCCAUUUCCCCAUAAGAACAAUAUUUGCUUGCAAUAUAAUUGAUCAACCACCGGAUGUGCGCAUGGUCUCAGCUAUACUUGGAGAUACUCACAAUUCCCCGCAAAUUCAAAAAAAAAAGAUAUCUUUGCGGAAAAACUGGCGCAUGCAAGGGUGUCUUUUUUUUUGUUGUGCAUACGCACCUUCGAUAAAUGAGGCCCCAGGUUCGUUAAAUUAGAUAAUUUUAUUGGAAGGUCCAUAGUACCAUGUAUUGCUAUGAAAAAGACAAGUGGAUACAGUCUCUCUGAACCUGUUUUCUGUUGGUCCUAAUCAGCGGUAUUUUAAAUCAUACCCUGACCUAAGUUCACUCAUGCGGUGAAACAUUUCAAAUUGGUGUUUGAUACCGGGCAAGCUCACAGUGCUCACAUUUUUAAUUUCAAAUAUUUGUCUCUCGAAGCGAUACAAAUUAUUUUUGAGUCCAUUAGCUUUGUACAGGACCCCCAAACACUUGAACUGUGUAAGGCAAAGCAGAAAUGGCUUUAUGUGAUUCCACCAAUUCCACCCCAGUACUACUGGGGGCGCUGUCUUUGCUUUGUUUAUGGAGUCCUGUAUGUAGCCGUUCAGAAAGAGACAAGGGGUCACUCAGAGCCACCUGUGUGUAAUAUAUUAAUGAAUGCAUUAUCAUUUGUAAGGAUCCAUAGGCUGUUCUGAAUGCUUGUAGCAAGUAUUUACAAAGCGCUAUGGUUGUGAUAGGAGGUACUGUAUAAAUGCAUUAUGCACAGGUGGUUGAGGGUUAGUAUUUAUUUAUUACUGUUGGUAUCAUGCCGCUGGUACAGAGGAUGUGAGUGUGGAUGUAUGUGUGUCUGGGAAAAGAAGGGCGGAAAAGAUUGUUUAUAUACACAUUGAAAUGUCUAUGAAAAAUAUUAUUAAAAAAAUGAAAAAAGCAA